GUCCAAUUGUAUUCUAUUUCUAAGCUCUUGCUGUGCAGUGUGCACUGCCCUGUGGUGGAAUCGUUUGACUAAAAACACUACUAUUAUCUUUACGUUUGAAGUUGACGUUCUUUAGAGUAAGUGUUCUCUUCAAAAAACAAAAUUAAAAAAUGUUGCAAACCGAGAAGAUUAAUAUAGAUUCAGAUAUUGGUGAUCAAUUAACAUCAAUCUCUCUUGGUCACAUUGUAGCAGAGUUAAUUAAGUUUAUUGCUUAUCAAAGACUGCAAAUUCCAUAUACAUAUCAAUGGUUGAAACAAUUAGUAACAAAAAAGAAGGAAGCUAAAGUCGUAAAGGACAGUUAUCAAUCUGAAAGAUAUUUUCAUGUGGCCUCUAGUGCUCUUGAUAAUUUGGACUAUGUAAUAAAGAGUAUUAUCAAAGAAGUUGGUGGUGUAUCUCUACCUGAUGAAAUCUGUAUUGCUUUCGGUGCCACACCUAUCUCAUGUAAAGAGAUUUAUCGGAUUUUGUUGCCAUCAGUUUGUCACAAACCUCAAUGCCAUUCAAAUAAUAUAGCAACAGAUCAAAAAAUUCAGAAAAAUGUUUUUAGAAACCUAGUGACAUCAGAACAGCUUAGUAAAAUAUUCUAUGAGCCACUUCCACCCACCAAAAUGUAUAUAUUUUUAAAGAUAUUGAGUCAGAAACAGCAAGAUGUAAUUUGCCAUGAUAGUUUUGUUAUUGUCAAUGGGUACAAAAUUCCAAAAAGUUGUAAAGUGGUAAUUAUAAACUUUAGGACUUCAAAUACAAAUAUGACAUGUUGUAAUGAGUUUGAGGUAUUUAGUGAUCAAAUAAGUAAUAGUUUGAGUCAAGUUAGCAUAGAAGGUGAGGACAGUGAUGCCUUAGAUGAAAUUGAAACAACAGAGAAUGUUAAAUGGUUUCAGUCAAUGUAUGUGAUGAAAGGAUUCAAAGACUGCAUUGUAAAUGGUAGUUCUAUUACUAAUUCUUGGUUUCAGUCCUCAUAGUAAAUUCACUCUUAGGCGGAGAUCUAUAGAGUGUAUUUAGACUACAUAAAUCUUUGCUGAGUGUAAUAAAACAAGAAAUUGACUUCUGCAUUGGGCUGUUUUAGCUUAAGCUCGAUAUAAAUGUGAAAUGACAAAAAAAACGAAAUCAAAGAUUAUGCUAUGAGUGUAAACUCAGCAAUAUUUUAGAUGAGUAAAGUCUAUAGAUCUCGUCCUUAUUGUAGUGCCAAUAACAAUCAAUUAUCAUGUCUUCAAUUCAACUUAGCAUAAAUAUUUUAGACAAAUUUAUUCUUACUUUAAAUAAAUUAUCUCAUUUGUAAGCUCAAGUCUAAGACUGAUAUUAUGUUUACAAUAUUAAAUAAUAAUAUUACACUAAGUUACAGUCACAAUGUUUAUGUAUCUGUAAGUACUUAUUCUAUUUUAUAAUGUGUUAAAGUCAUCAUGCUUUUUAUAGUCAAAUACAUUUACAAUCAUUAUUAUAUAUUAUACAAUCAAUUGGUUUUGAUUGAAUUAAGCAAUUUCACCUAAGUAUAAUUCGCAACAAUAUCAAGAAUUAAUAAUUGUUCAACAGAAGUAAGAUUUAAUAAAGUUAUCACAUUAUUAUUCAGUUUUGUUUCUCUUAUUACAAUUUAAAUUAACCUACUUACAUUUAAGGUAAUAAAACAUAAUAUUUUUUUCACAUCUUAUAACAGUGUGUCAUGAACUUGUGCUUGUCCGUUGCUAAAUAAAGUCCGAUCUCCUGGCAUAACACAUGUGUCCUUUAGUUUUUUAUUAAUAUCUCGACUAGUACAAUUAUUCUUGCAUAUUUUAAAUGAAUCAUUGAAUUCCACUAACAAUUCAUUUCGGCCACCAUUAGGCCCAACAACAUAUUCACAUUCAAUUCCUUUAUUUAGCAUAUCUCUAAGACAGCAGUCUAAUAAUUCAUAGUAUUCCAACCAGAAAUUGUCUGGCAACUGUUUUAAUUUUAUACCAAUAUAAUCUGUGAGAAUCCCAGUUACAAAAAUGUCAUCUAUCCAAAAAUAAGGGUGGUAUGGUGCUUCAGAGCAGAUCAUUGCAGCUAACUUUGGACUUAUUAUGUAGUACCAUCCUGACAAAUAUGGCGGAUACAUUUGUCUUGAAUAUUCAUCCCAAGUAACAUACCAUUUGUUUUGUUUAUUUCGUCGUGGUGAUGUGUUUUUUAAUGUAUAUCCUAUUAUCAAAUCAUCUCUUUCCUUUAUAGGAAUAUGUGAUAAAAAGCUGUAAGUCUUGUCAAAAUUAAAAACAGUAUCGUCAUCCACUUUUAUAAUAAAAGAUGUGGUUCUACAAUUUGAUGAAGCCCAUUGUAAUCCCAUCAGGUGUUUGUAUGUGAGAUUUCUAUAAUUCUCAUAAAAAGAUCCUUGUAAAAUAUCAUGGAAGGCAUCACUUUCAUCAUUAAUUGCAGACUGAGUUAUUGAUCUAAAAAGAGAAUAUUUUGUAAAGAAACCACCGGAUAUCUGCUGUAUCAUGUAACUAGUGUAAUUUAUUAUUAACCGAGUAUUUUAUUACCUUAUAAUUUAUGUAAAUACUCAGUUAUAAACUUCUAUUCUUAUAUAUUUCUAUAUAUCUUUUAUUUAAAUAAAUGAUACUUUAAUCAAAGAAAA